AGAUUCAUAAACAUUACGGAAACGCAAGAGAUAUAGAAUGGGGUCUAAAAGGGGGCCAAAUAUUUAUGCUUCAGUCGAGACCCGUAACUAAUUUAGACAAUUCUUACACCGAUUACGAGAUUAUGCAUGAAUUGGAUUCUUCACAUCCAUCUGAGUUUGAGAUCUACUCGCGGGCCCAUUGGGGCGAAACAUUUCCCGGAGCCUCGUCCUGGAUCUGUAUGCAGUGGUUUUGGGCCAAUAAACCUUAUUUCUUCCGUCAGGAUAUACUAAACGGUACGGCAACUGAUGAGGAUUACAAUCCGUUCACUGAAGUAAUGGGUAUUCAAUACAAUCAAGUGAUGUUUGAUCUACAGGGUGGUAUAUUUAAAAUGUUUGCGGGUUAUCCGGACUCAAAACGUGCAGUGACUGCGGUAUUAGCAAAGUUUGGACAUCACAUCGACGACAAGGAUGUCCUCCAAUUGUUUCGGAGGCAGGGAUUGGAAGCCAAAAAGCCAUCGUUUAUGGGAUACGUCCGGUUGUUUCGCUUUGUAAUACAUUCCCUACUCUUUGGAUCGAAAAACUUGAUUAAAACAAAAGAGGAGAUAAUCGAGAAGAAUGGAUACGAUUUGGUCGACAUUUUGAAACAAAAAUCUAAAAAUAAUAAUAACGACGUUGAGAAUGAUUAUAAUCUAAUGGUAUCGUCGGCUACGGAUGUAAUCAGCGCUGAAGUGCCAAAAAUAUUGGCUGAAAUCGCAAAGUCUAUUAAAGAUAAACAAUGGUUCAGUCAAUUGAGUGAUGAGGAGGCGCAUCAAGUGUUGACCACUGGAAGCGAUGAGUCCUCACAAAAGUUUAGAUACUUUAUUGAAAGACACGGACACAGAGGGUAUCGGGAAUUGGAUCCCAUGUAUAAGCCAUGGAAAGGCAAUCCAAUGCCUUGUUUUAGAUAUUUGGCUCAACACAUGACUAACGAAGGACUCAUACCAUCGGUGGACACAUUCUUCUACUUGACUAUCACUGAAGUGGAAGCGCUAUGUAAUGGACAAAGGGAUCCAUUGAUAUUCUCGAGAGUAAGACAACGGCGAAGACUUUACCCUCGAAUGGAUAAAUACAAGUUCGAAGAGUUUAUUAAAGGACCCGAAAUGAAACCCAGAAAUUUUGAGGACCGGAUUAUACCUCCAGUCCUGACCUCAGGUAUGGUUCAAAUGACGGGAACACCAGUUAGUAAUGGAUCCGUAAAAGCGAGGGUUUGUGUGUCUGAAGACAUUACAGAAGCUGACAAUAUUCAGCCGGGAGAUAUUCUGAUCACGUACUCGACGGACAUCGGUUGGAGUCCAUACUUCCCAUUACUUUCGGGUAUAAUCACAGAAAUCGGUGGAACGAUAUCUCACGGGGCAGUCAUUGCCCGCGAAUACGGGAUCCCGAGUCUGAUAGCAGUGGAGGGCGCGUGUCGUGCCUUCAGGACCGGCGAUAUCUGUCUAUUGGACACACAGUCGCAGACCAUCACUAAAGUUGAUUGAAUUUAUUAUAGGAUU